CGGAAGCGCGAGGCUCGCGCCCACUGUGCGAACCGUUCGGGAGGGGGGAGAGCGGUAGCUGAGGCUCGCCGGGCCGCGCGCCCCGCCCCUUGGAGGCCCGCCCUCCAGCUCGCCCCCACAGCCCGCUGUGCCUGCGGGUGCUGAGCGCUCCGGCAGCCGGCGGUGACCCGGACCCAGCCGCCUCCCCGGCCCGCGCCCCUACUGGAGGGAAGAGCCGCCUUGGGGAGGAGGGAAAGGGACGUGGGGGAGGCCACGGCAGGAUGAAUUAUAACUACAUCUGUGCACACUGAUUUCAGCAUGAGACUGGCUAAUGAUAUUCUUGGUACUUUUGAGAACAGCUUAUGAUUUUAACAAACUUUUCUAAAAUUACCAUCCUAGCCUUGAGGGAACAGACCAUUAUUGCAAUGUCAAGGUUGUAAAUCAAGUUUAAUAAUGGAUGCCUACGUCUCCCAUCUCCUUGGGGUUUAGUAACCCCCCCAAGAUUAGAGGUAACUGUUAUGAUUGCUAAGUUCCCUGAACUCCUGAGUUGGCAGAUGUGGAGGGCCAAAAAGGAGUCCCCAGCUCCUGGCCAGUCCAGAGAACUGCACCCGCUGACCAACCACUCAAAAUAACAAUUCAGAGUCAGCCCAGGAGGGUUAACCUCCAUUUCAGCUAAUCAUGGGAGAGAUUAAAGUCUCUCCUGAUUAUAACUGGUUUAGAAGUACAGUUCCCCUUAAAAAGAUUAUCGUGGAUGAUGAUGAUAGUAAAAUAUGGUCGCUGUAUGAUGCAGGCCCCAGAAAUAUCAGGUGUCCUCUGAUAUUUCUUCCCCCUGUCAGCGGAACUGCAGAUGUAUUUUUCCGGCAGAUUUUGGCUUUGACUGGAUGGGGUUACCGGGUUAUAGCUUUGCAGUAUCCAGUUUAUUGGGACCAUCUUGAAUUCUGUGAUGGAUUUAGAAAACUUUUAGAUCAUUUACAACUGGAUAAAGUUCACCUGUUUGGGGCUUCUUUGGGAGGCUUUUUGGCCCAGAAAUUUGCUGAAUACACACACACAUCUCCCAGAGUCCAUUCCCUCAUCCUCUGCAAUUCUUUCAGUGACACCUCCAUCUUCAACCAAACUUGGACUGCAAACAGGUCCUUGUUUUACAGCUUUUGGCUGAUGCCAUCAUUUAUGCUCAAAAAAAUAGUUCUUGGAAACUUUUCAUCUGGCCCAGUGGACCCUUUGAUGGCUGAUGCUAUUGAUUUCAUGGUGGACAGGCUGGAAAGUUUGGGUCAGAGUGAACUGGCUUCCAGACUGACCCUGAAUUGUCAAAAUUCUUAUGUGGAACCUCAUAAAAUUCGGGACAUCCCUGUAACCAUUAUGGAUGUAUUUGACCAGAGUGCACUUUCAACCGAAGCUAAAGAAGAAAUGUACAAACUGUAUCCUAAUGCCCGGAGGGCUCACCUUAAAACAGGAGGCAAUUUCCCAUACCUGUGCAGAAGUGCAGAGGUGAAUCUUUAUGUACAGAUACAUUUGCUGCAAUUCCAUGGAACCAAAUACGCGGCCAUUGAUCCGUCGAUGGUCAGUGCUGAGGAACUUGAGGUGCAGAAAGGCAGCCUCAGCGUCAGUCAGGAGGAGCAAUAGUUGUGGUGUUCGUUGUUAAUGAUGCGUGAUCCAGAGAGUUCUUGUACAAUCAUGGCGUCAGUGCCCGCCCGGCGGCCUCUCCAUUCGGCUGUCAGGUUCACCGGUUAUCACUGUGUUUGGAAGUAGGACUGAUUGUCGUCUUUGUGACAGGCGGCAGCUCUUCUAAGCCAGUGUAACUGUUCCCUCUUCGGUUUUUUUAGCUUUUGAAUUUGAGGAAGUACUUUUGAAGACUCCCAUUUUAAGAAUUGUGAAAAUUUUGCUACCAAAAGUCAUCACCACUGUGUUCUUAAGCGAAUAUUAGUUUCUGAAGUUUGGGAUUUUGUGAGGGUUUGUUUCCUUUCUUUUCUUUCUUUUUAUGUUAUUUGCUGUAAAUGCUGCACAUCCAGAUUGUGUAUCAGAAGGACAUCAGUUAUUUUUAUGAAUUCUUGGUUAUUGCCGUUAUCAAGUGCCAAGCUGUCACCCUACUGUGUGCUCCCUGCCACAUCAACUACUUCUACUUUCCAGUUAUGCAGAAUCAUUUUCAGUUUUAUCUGUUGUCUUUCUAGCCAUUACAGUCAUUUGGAAUAAAAACUCACUUUCAGC